UUACACUAUUGAAGUGUUAUUACUAUUAUGCUUCUAGUUAUUAAAAAAUACAAAAAAUUUAGUAUAAAGCCGACCCAAGCUGUUUUAGUUAAAGGUUUUCUUUCUUCUAAGUCCGGUGCAGGCAGUCCUUUUGAUCUUCACGAUGCGGAAGUCAUCUCUUUAGUCAAGGAGCCCUACAAUGCAUUGAGUUGCCGGAGUUAUGAGGAAAAAGUUGUUAAUAUUAAAUCUCGAGUCAAGACGCCUCAGUCUCUCUUAAAAUAUGCUUUUGACAAAUUUCCUUAUCCUGUGGAUAAACUGUUAUUCGAUCAACUUAAGUUAUCUACUAUUUCUUUUUUGAGUACUGAUCUUUACAAACUUCCGAAGUCCACAUCCUUCAACGGGGUUAUAUCUUUUGAAAGUAAAGCCAGCCUUCCCACCUUGUUUCUUGAAGAAUCACUAGUUAAAGCUUUGGCUGUCUUUGCUAACGCUAACUUUCUGGCCAUUGACUCUUGGGACAUGUACGACUGGGAUAAGUGGGAAGGGGCCCACAGAAAGGCGCUGGAAAAGCAGAAAAAAGAUCCAUCUGUUUCUUUGGGGUCACCAGAUUUACCGCCUCCCUCGACUUUACCGCCUCCGUCGGCAUCCCUGCCGCAGCCCACCUGCUCUCUUCCGCUCCUUCCACCUAUAUCAGGAGCAAACAUCCCAGCUGCAGCAGCCGUCGCCUUACCCUUUCCUGUCCCUGUUUCCACUGAGGGGCUCGAAGCCGUGCAUGUGGACCCGGCAAAAGCCAUCGGCGACCUGCAUUUGAAGAGCGAGAGCAAAGAAGAGCCUCUUUUCCCUAAAAGUAAAGAAGGAAAACCUCGUCCGCCUCACAUAUACGAAAGAAGAACUCGAAAGCAUAAAAACGUCACAGUCAAUGCAUUUCCUAUUGUUCAAGUGGAUCGGUUGCCCGAUCUCUUUAAUAUAAUUCAAAAGUUAAAUGGAGCGAAAAGUAUUUAUUCCCCUCAAGUCGAUAGCACAUACGAGUGGAUAACCAAAAUCCUAGAAGUUGCUACUGGAAAUGAGAACGAAGGGCAACCGCUAGUGGUAUUUGUGCGCAACUUUCAUACGACUCUGAACGUCAGCAAGUUGCUAAUGAAAAUCUCUAAAAUACGCGAGACAACCCCUUUAGCGCUGGUCGGUAGCAGCGAAAUCUUUAGAAGCCGCCAUUUGAGCGAAGAAGAGGCAGAGGACGAGGGCGGUUUUCCCAGGCCAGCGAAUAGCAAACCGGUAGAGCCACGCAUGCUGGAGCUGCGAACCUUUGCUUUUGGUGUCCCGUGGGUCACUUUGGCCAUUGAAGACCCCAAAGUCCCAUCUGCGAAGGACGCUUGGACGAAGAUACUUUUGAAUGAUCGCUUUUUACUUGCUUUGCGGCAUAACCACUUUCAGUUCGCAAAGGUCCUGCGGAGUAUGUCUGUCGCCUCUCAGAACUAUUGGACGGUCGAUAAAGUUCAAAAAAUCAUUCUGAGUUUGGCAGAUGCUGAAAAAAUUAUCGGUUGGGGGACUACUUUGGAGCUCAUCGAGAAGAGCACGCAGGACGAUGUGAACUCCUCCAAGCCGUUGACACUUUCUCCCGCGAGCUUGCAGAAAGCAGUUGAUCUCUACUAUUCGCAGCUCAACGCGGAAGCCUGCAGUCCGGAAAAACCAAGCUCUCUUAGUGCUGCACAGCUCCGUGACGGCGCCUCCUCGUUUCCUUUAGAAAAGGCCUUUCCCAGAACCGCCCACAAUGCGUUUUCCCCUCCUGCCGAGCUCAACACUUAUGAGACUGCCUUGGUGCCCAAUCUCUACUCUCCAGGCGCCGUCGGCAUCAAGUAUUCUGACAUUGGCAGCCACGACUCUCUUAAGGAGAUGCUCUAUGAGCUUGUGACUCUGCCGAUUCAGCGCCAGGAGCUUUUUAAGAGAGGCCUCCUUGCAAAGUCCAUCAGUGGGAUUCUCCUUUUCGGCCCUCCCGGGACCGGAAAAACACUGCUGGCCAAGGCGCUGGCAGCUGAAUCUGGCUGCCAUUUUCUUUACAUAAAGCUUUCGAACUUACUGAACAUGUUCAUUGGGGAAAGUGAAAAGAACGCGAAGGCUGUUUUUUCUCUCGCGCAUAAAUACGCGCCGUGUAUUAUCUUCAUGGAUGAGGUCGACAGCAUCUUUUCUAGGCGGACAUCCGACGAGAGAAACCCGAUAAAGCGUGAUGUGCUGAACGAGUUGAUGUCCGAGUGGGACGGGAUAACAACUGGUGACUCUAGAGUCAUAGUAGUAGGCGCCACAAAUCGACCCUACGAUCUUGAUGAUGCCGUACUGAGACGACUUCCCCGGCGUCUAUUGGUUGAUGUUCCCAAUCUUGAAGCAAGAAUCCAGAUCUUAAACGUGCUUUUGCGGGACGAAAUAUUGUGCGAAACGGUCAGCAUAGAAAGGCUUGCAGAAAUGACUCACGGAUUCACCGGAAGUGAUCUGAAGAAUAUGUGCCUCUCGGCUGCCAUGCUUUCUGUUAAGGAGUUUUUGAGCCUUGAGAAGCAACUGAAUCCUCCGGAAGCACCAGUUAUCACCUUCGAUAACUUUGUUAAAGCGAGAGCGACCUCAAAGAGUAGCAUCAGCGAACACUCUUUCUCUAUCACUAAACUGAGAGAAUGGAAUAUUCAAUAUGGCAUGGGAGGUGAUAAGUCAAAGAAGUACUUUGGCUUCCAAUCUCCCACGGUGGAAAGUACAGAGAACAAAGAUUAUCAGAAGCUGAAAAGUUCUUCGAAAAAAGGAGACUUUUUUUCUUUGAAUAAUAAUUCUAAUGCGAAGAAAUAGAAGCUAAAGUAUUAAAUUAAUAAUUUCAA